AUGUGCAAAGGUGCAACUUACGACGACAAGACAGAGCCUGUGUUACCCGCCGUGGUGGAAGACUCUCUGAGGCGCCUCGGUGAGAAUCAAGCAAAAUGGAGCGGACUCUCGGUGGCAGCCAAGCUGGAACUCUUGGAAGCAAUGCUACAGAUUUUGACCCAGGAAAUGACUCUGGACCAGGAAUGGAAAGCGUUGGCGGAUUGGACCGCGGAAACCUUGAUGGGACUUGACCUGGAUGGUCCCGAAGGACAAGCCGUGGCUGUCGCGGAGGCCGUCCUUCCCAUGGUGACCAUCAAGGCGCAAAUGGAAAAGCUGAUCGAAGGCUACAAGGCGGCUCUGGGAACGAGCGACAACAUGAAGCACUACGACUCCAAAAUGAAACCUCAGGUCCAUCAACCCAGUGGUCAAGUCUACCUCCCCGUUUACCCCAUUACCCCCAAGGACAAUUUUGAUCUGCUGGGUGCCGGAAUGAACGUGGAAUGGUGGUUGGAUCCAGAACAGGUCCAAAAGGUGGACCAGGCUCCCAAGCCGUUCCACAUGGAACCAUUCAAGGACAACGUCGAUGAGGGUGUCCUGGUGGUGCUUGGAGCCGGAAAUCAAUCCUUUCUGACAUUGGUGGAUAUCUUGGAUGGACUCUUUGUGCGACAAAGGACGGUCUUUUGCAAGCACAAUCCCUUGCGAGGCGCCGGGUUGGAUCCCAUUUGUCGCAAAUUGUUCCGACCACUCUACGAGCAAAACUUUCUCGGUAGUUGCUUGGACUUGAAAACCUUGGAGGCCAACAGUGCCCUCGUCUAUCACUCUGAUGUAACUGCCAUUCACAUGACGGGAGGAAAACCUACCCAUGACGCCGUUGUAUGGGGAUCCACCAAGGAAGAACAGGAAACCAACAAGCAAAACAAUACACCCAAACUCCAGGCCGAAAUGUCUUCUGAACUAGGUUGCAUCACUCCUUGGAUCAUGUCCUUCGAACCAAAUGCAUCCUAUACCAAAGCAGAACUCCAACAUCAUGCUCAAAUUCUCGUCAUGGGAGUUUAUAGCAAUGCGUCCAGCAAUUGCUUGGCACCCAAAGUGGUUGUCAUGGCCGAAGAAUGGCCCCAAAGAGAGGAAUUCCAAAAACUCGUCCAGGCGGAAUGGCAAAAGUUGGAAUUGCCCGUGGCGUACUAUCCCGGUUGCCAAGAUCGAUGGAACCGAUACCGAGAGAAGUAUGCCAGUGCCGUCGAGUGGCAUGGUGCCGAAAGUAGUAAGGAGGACCGUCGAUUGUCACCUCCACUAUUGAACAAUGGCCAACACGGAACCGAAGCAGUCGUGUUGCCUUUACUCUGCGUUGAUUUGAAAGUGGACUUGUCCACGAAAGCUGGUCGUGAGAGUGCCCGCAACGAAUACGCCUUUCAGCACGAACCCUUUUGCCCCGUUUUGACCUUUGUCACGCUCCAGAACAACAACACGACAACUACGUAUCUGGAAACUGCCGUCGAUCUCUGCAACAACUACAUCUUUGGCACUCUCAGUACAUCCAUGAGCGUUCCCAAGAGUCUCGAAAAAACUUGUGGUGUGGAAAUGGCCAUUGCCAACGUUGCAGUACGGCUGCGUCGGCAUUAA